AUGAUCUGGCUGCACACCUCGUACCCAGCCUGCAACGCCUGUCUCGACGCGACCUUCGUCGGCUGCGGCCGCGACUACAAUUCCGUCGCGUACGCAACCUGCAUGUGCAAAGGGCCCGGGGGACCCAACACGGUGACCUGCGUGGGCGUCUGCGAUGCCGCGGACGCGCUGGGCGCGAACCUGGGCUCCGUCGUUGCGGGCGGCUGGUAUUCGUACUGCGUGGAUUACUUCAAGGAGAUGUGCCCCGACGCGGAGCAGUUCAUGACGGCGGAGCGGUUUCGGGAGAAGUGUGGACCGGAUUCUGGGCCGGGGAUUGCGGAUGCGGUGGUGUCGGGUGCGGUGUCAAGCAGCGAAAGCUCGUCUGGUACCUCGACGGGAGGUGCUUUGGCGACGGAAUCAGCAAGUGUAGGGACGACGACGCGGUCGAGAACUGAUGCAACAGCAACUUUGCGAGCCGAGUCGACGGGUACAAGUACAAGCUCGGGGUCCACCGCUGUAGCCGCUACGAGCACGCCGUCGAACGACGCUAUGCGGUCAAAUUCGAUCUCUAGGUGGGGGGUCAUCGUUGGACUUGGAAUCCUGAUUGCUAGAAUGAACAUGUAG